AUGGACGCAAGCACAAAGGUGAAGAAAGGAGCCGGAGGAAGGAAAGGAGGAGGACCAAGGAAGAAAUCGGUGACAAGAUCUGUUAGAGCCGGACUUCAAUUUCCAGUCAGUAGAAUCGGUCGUUUUUUGAAAAAAGGAAGAUAUGCUCAGCGUGUUGGAACUGGUGCUCCGGUUUACUUGGCCGCUGUUCUCGAAUAUCUCGCUGCUGAGGUUCUCGAGUUAGCCGGAAAUGCAGCACGUGACAACAAGAAGAAUAGAAUUAGUCCAAGGCAUUUGUUGUUGGCUGUGAGGAAUGAUGAAGAGCUUGGAAAAUUACUUGCUGGCGUUACCAUUGCUCAUGGUGGUGUUCUUCCUAACAUCAACCCUGUUCUUUUGCCUAAGAGGACUGAAAGUGCCUCUUCUUCUGCUAAGGAACCUAAAUCUCCAUCCAAGGCCAAGAAAACUCCCACCAAGAAAACUCCCACCAAGAAAGCUUAG